UCCGUGCGGAAACACUGCCCGCAGGAGGGACAGGAAGUGUUCCCAGGCGGAAGUUUCGCGGGGAAGCAUUAGCAUCUAGGACACUUCCUGGUUCCUGGUAACAAUAGGAAGUGUCCGCGGAACUGGGCUAGACUCUGGGUUCAUACCAGCUGUCCCUGCUCCCCCUACCUCCUCCUCUGUCCCGCGUCUUUCCCUCAGCUACUACUCCCGGGAACCCUGGCUGAGUGUGCGUGUGUAUGGCCUCGAGAACCCUCGCACCAGCCACCACUUAGGGCUCGCGGCUGCAGUUAGGGUAAGGGUCCCAGUGCGCAGGCGCGCUCCCGUUCACGACCUCCAACGGACGCGCCGGCGGCGGGAACCAGAAGGCACUCCUGGUGCGAGGUAGGGAUCUAGAGAAGAAAUUGGCAGAAAAGACUAGUGACUCUAGAGGAAUGUGAUGGUGGUUGGUUAGGAAAAGGGGACUCGAGUGAAGGAGUUUUGAGAAGUGAAAAUUCUGGGACCAGGCUCAGCUGGUGAGAUUAGAAAUAGUUGUGCUAGGGUCUCAGGAGACUAGUCAGCCCCGGAGAAAGGCCAGAUGAUGUGGCAGAAAUGAAUAGCUGCUGCUGGUUUUGGAAUGAAGGUUGCCUCUUGAAGUGAGUUUAUGUAAAAAAAACGAGAUAACACGGCGUUGGAUUUAGUGACGUAAAUAUACUUACAAGCUUAUCUUGGUGUCGCAUGAUUCUAGUCCCAGUUUGGGAAGUGAGGGCUACGUAGUGAGACCCUGUCUGAAAUGCCACCCACCCACCCCAAAUACACUUGUGUAACAUCAGUGCUUAGCACAUGGUACUGUCCAGCCUGAGUUGUUAUCAUAAUUUAGAGAGAAAGUAGAAGAGGGAAUGAAAAGUGUUGGAGACAGCAAGGUAAGGUAGGCAGGGGAUAGAAAAGGCAGAGGAUAAAAUGAACUUUCAACCUGAAAUGGAAUGGGAUUAAAUGUACUUAAAGGAAGUAAAACUAACGCCUAACAGGGAAACAGUGUGAUGCAGAAAAGGCAGAAACCAGGCUCGUCCCUAAGAGGGCCUCUACCUUCUACAGCACGUAGGUGACCACUGAAGAAAGCAGCUGCUCUGCCGUUCUUUUCAGACCACUCAGUUUAGCUGAAGAGUGAAGAAAGAAGGGUUGCACUUCUGUUACUGUAAGGCCUGCCCAACAGUCGUGGCUGUCACCUUCAAUCUCAACUCUCAGGAGUCUGAGGUCUCAGCCCUUCUGCAGAGAGAAUGCUGCUGCCACCUGUCUGUCCCUCCUGAACCUUCAGGGUUUUUUACUGCUUUGCCCCAUGGAGGACAUGCCCCUCUCAUUCAGUUGCUCUGACUGUCAGCGCCACUUUCCUAACCUCCCAGAACUGGCACGGCAUCGAGAACUGCGCCAUUCAUCUGCUAAGCAGGACAGGGAGGAAGCUGAUGGCAUCCCUCACCCCUAUGGCAGUCACCCAGAGAACUUAGCCAACCACCAGAGGAACCAUGAGACUGGUCUUUUCCCCUGUACCACCUGUGGCAAGGAUUUUUCUAAUCACUUGGCCCUCCAGAGCCAUAUGAGGACUCAUGCUCCUGAGAGCCACCGAAGGCACGGGCCCCCACGUGCUGGGGAAACCGCUCCACACCUUCAGAGUGAGACCAUGGCUACUGACUCCUGGGGUCAGAGGCUUGGAUCUGGGGAAGGCUGGGAAAAGCAGACAAAGUUGGUACGAGAGACACGUGACUGGGAAUCUGGAGCUGACCCCAGGGCAGCGUCAGGGACGUGGGAAGAUCCACCUACCAAACAAAGACAAGGCUUAGAAAUGCAGCCAGAUUCUAAAGGAGGUACAGCGGGCUGGGUGCCCACCGUCAAUUCCGAAGGAGCAUCACCACUCCCCAAUCCAGCGAGCAACCUUCUUAGCAAUUUGGAACAGUAUUUGGCUGAAUCAGUAGUGAACUUCACAGAGGCGCAGGAGCCCCCUGAGCCUCUUCCCACUGCAGGGGAGCGAAGGUACAAGUGUGGUGAGUGUGGGAAGACCUAUAAGCAUGCCGGGAGCCUCACCAACCACCGCCAGAGCCACACUCGGGGCAUCUACCCUUGUGCCAUCUGUUUCAAGGAGUUCUCUAACCUCAUGGCCCUGAAGAACCACUCGAGACUCCAUGCCCAGUAUCGGCCUUACCACUGUCCUCAUUGCCCCCGUGCCUUUCGGCUCCCCAGGGAUCUGCUGGAACAUCAGCAGUCCCAUGAGGGGCUAAAGCAGGAACAACCAUUGGAAGACAAAGAGAUGCCUACCACAAAUGGACACGCAGAUGAGAGGAGCUGGGGUCAGCUAUCUAAAACAGGGAUGUUGAAUGGUUCUGGGGAGCUCAGCUCUUCUGGACAGCUAGAAGAUGGUGGCUCAGAGGAAUAUCGACCUUUCUGUUGUGGGGACUGUGGCCGUACCUACCGUCAUGCAGGUAGUCUCAUCAACCAUCGAAAAAGCCACCAAACAGGUAUCUACCCCUGUUCCAUUUGUUCCAAGCAGCUAUUCAAUGCGGCUGCUCUGAAAAACCAUAUUCGUGCUCAUCAUAGACCCCGGCAAGGAGCUGGAGAAGGCGGUCAGUCAUCAGUGUCCUCAACUGCUCUUACGUCAGCCGAGAAUACUCCAAAAGAAGAUGAGGUUCCCACUGCCAGCCUGGACCAUCGUCCCUAUAAGUGUAAUGAGUGUGGUCGGGCUUACCGCCACAGAGGGAGCCUGGUGAACCACCGCCACAGCCACCGGACAGGAGAGUACCAGUGUUCACUCUGUCCUCGAAAAUACCCCAACCUUAUGGCUCUGCGCAACCAUGUGCGGGUACAUUGCAAGGCUACACGCCGAAGUACAGAUCCAGGGACUGAAGGUUCACCCAGCCCUGUUAAGAAAGAACAACACGAUCCAGUGGGAAUGGAAGCAGCAUUCCACGCAGAUGAGGAACAUGUAUGCAAGCGUGAAGAAGAGGCCACCAGUAACCCUCCAACGGCAGAUAGGACAGUGCCACAGGUGUGUAGCAUUUGUGGGAUGUUGUUUGAAGAUCUCAAAAGUCUCGAACAUCAUAGCAUGACCCACAGGGAAGGAGAAAGAAGCAGGGUAGACAGCACGGUGUCACCAACUAGAACAUUUGCUUGCCAAGACUGUGGCAAGAGUUAUCGCCACUCAGGCAGCCUUAUUAACCACAGGCAGACCCACCAGACAGGAGACUUCAGUUGUGGGACGUGUGCCAAGCAUUUCCACACCAUGGCUGCUAUGAAAAGCCACUUACGGCGUCACAGUCGGCAGUGGAACAGGAGGCAUCAGAAACAAGAUAGUAGUAGUACAGGGGAAGUAGCCAAACUCCCACCUGGGGGCGCCUGGACCUUGAAGCUGGAAAACGAUGAGGACCCAGAUUCUUCCCAAGAUCCUUUAGGAGAAAGUCCUUGUGAAACUGAAGACAACCUGGAAAGGGAUGGGGACUGUUUGCAGGCUGGAUCUAGAGGCAACGAAUGUGUGCUUAAAAGGGAGGAAGCCUGUUUUCUGGGUGAUAAAGAGGGCACUGAGGAAGGACUAGAAGAGAGAGAGGCCUGUUUCCUUGAUGACCUAGGCACCCCAGGUGAUGAGUGCAAUGAAACUGGCUUCUGUGGUGGCCUCCCUGGGAUGGACAGUGACGGGAAGAGGGGCAUUUGCCACUCUGACUCUUCCUCCCACCCUGCUGACUCUGACACUGUCUGGAAGGCUGCAGCCACUCACACAUGUUCCGACUGUGGGGAUUCUUUCUCCCAUGCUGCUGGCCUGUUGAGCCAUAGGUCCUGCCACCCUCCAGGCAUCUAUCAAUGCUCUCUCUGUCCAAAGGAAUUUGAUUCUCUGCCUGCCCUUCGAAGUCACUUCCAGACCCAUCGGCCAGGAGAGGUAGCCUCAGCACAGCCCUUCCUCUGCUGCCUGUGCGGUAUGAUCUUUCCUGGGAGGACUGGCUACAGGCGUCACCUGCGCCAGGCUCAUGGAGCUUCUGCCAUGACUGAGGGCUCAGAAGAGGAGGAGGAAGGCACAGCAGAAACAGCCUCUACCCAUAGUCCUCCCCUGCAACUCUCAGAAGCAGAGCUGCUGAAUCAGCUGCAGCGUGAGGUGGAAGCUCUAGAUGGAGCAGGUUAUGGUCAUAUUUGUGGUUGCUGUGGUCAGACCUAUGAUGACCUGGGGAGCCUGGAGCGUCACCACCAAAGUCAAAGUUCUAGCAAUAGGACAGAGAAUGUUCCUAGCCAUUUGGAAGGAGCAGGUGAUGCAACAGAAAUGAUUGCAGAUCAUGGCUUUGAGGGCACAGUGACCUCCGUCUCAGAAGAAGAUGGGGACAUAAAGUCUGAAGAAGGAGUUGGUGGCACAGUUGCAGACAGCCUUUGCAUGCAGGCUGGUGAAAGCUUUCUGGAGUCCCACCCUCGCCCUUUCCAAUGUAAUCAGUGUGGCAAGACCUAUCGCCACGGAGGCAGCUUGGUGAACCACCGAAAGAUCCACCAGACAGGUGAUUUCAUCUGUCCUGUCUGUUCCCGCUGCUACCCCAAUCUGGCUGCCUACCGGAACCAUCUGCGGAAUCACCCUCGCUGCAAAGGUUCAGAGCCCCAAAUGGGGCCCAUCUCAGAACCAGGAGGCUGCACUGAGCCCCAGAAUGCAGCAGAGGCAGGGCGGGAGCAGGCUGUCAUAGGGCAACUCCAAGAAGAGCUUAAAGUGGAGCCCUUGGAGGAGCUGGCAGGUGUCAAAGAAGAAGUGUGGGAGGGGACCGCCGCUGUAAAGGAAGAGGAGCUGGAGCAGGAGUUGGAGACAGACUGUCAGACUGAGGUCACCUCGGAGCGGCCCUUUAGCUGUGAAGUGUGUGGCCGCACCUACAAGCAUGCUGGCAGCCUUAUCAAUCACCGGCAGAGCCACCAGACUGGCCACUUUGGCUGCCAGGCCUGCUCCAAGGGUUUCUCAAACCUCAUGUCACUCAAGAACCACCGGCGCAUCCAUGCAGACCCUCGACAUUUUUGCUGCAGUGAAUGUGGGAAAGCCUUUCGCCUGCGGAAGCAGCUGGCCAACCACCAGCGAGUCCAUGCUGAGAGACGCAGGAGUAGGGGCACCCAGAAACUGACUCGUGAGGACCGGCCUUUCAGAUGUGGGAAGUGUGGCCAGACUUACCGCCAUGCUGGCGGUCUCAUGAACCACCAGUGCAACCCUGAGGCCGGCCGUUACAGCUGCCCUCUCUGUUCUAAGACCUAUUCCAACCGCACAGCCCUGAAAGACCAUCAGAGGGGACAUUCUGAUAGUCAGCGGCGGCUACAGUCAGGAUGUCCCCAGAGGGCAGCAGCUGUACAUUGUACCCUAUGUGGCUGUGGCUUUUCUGGCCAGGGAUCUCUAGAGCAGCAUCUACGGGAGCAUGAGGACACCAAACUAGAGGUAGCCAGUGGCCAGGGAGGCCAACAUGGUGCAGAAGGCAGUGAGGAGAACCUUGAUGACUGGGGGCUGGAGGGCAGGUCAGAUGGUACUGAGGCAGUACUGCAGGUGGAACAUGAAACCAAGAGGCCUGGAGAGCACAGUCAGAGUCCCAGUAGCCCAGUGUGUUCAGAAGGCACAGAAUCCACACAGCAGGUGGGGAAAGUAGAUGGGAGUCAAGGAGACAGAGGACAAAUGAACCACAAUGGUGCCUGGGUUCUUCAGGAUGAGUUAACCAAGCCAGAAGGCAAGUUGGAAGACACUGUCUCCAGGAAUCCUUGUCACCUCUCUGAGAGCCAGUCCAAUGGUCCUACUCUAAGAUAUAGGGAUAGUUGGAAUGGUGCUGACAGCAGCUCUCAGCUCCAACCAGAGAGCCACUGCUGCAGCCAGUGUGGCAAGGCCUACUGUCAACCUGAUGGCCUCUUGAACCCCAGCAUUAACGGGAAAGACUGCCACAGUUGUUUGCUCUGUUCCAAAGAGUUCUUGAAUCCUGUGACCACUGAGAUCCACAACCACACUACUGCCCAGCGCUUUGCUUGUAGUAAUUGUAGCAAAGUGUGUGAGUCCCACAGUGAACUGGCCACACACAUGAAGACUCAUGCUGUUGAGCACAGUCAGAUGGAGAAGACCAGAGGUCCACAGGCUGGGAUGGCAGAGGUGGGUCCUCCUGGUCCAGGGAAAGCUCAGGAGGCCCCAUCAGGACUUCCUGGAGACCCAGAGGAGGAUGGGGUGCCAGCUUACGGAGGACAAGGAAUACAUUUCACAGCAGCUGAAGACAAGGAGCGUCCCUUUUGCUGUGCUCAGUGUGGGCGUUCAUACCGCCAUGCCGGUAGCCUGCUGAACCACCAGAAGGCCCACACCAUUGGACUCUACCCCUGUUCCCUGUGUCCCAAACUUCUGCCUAACCUGCUGUCUCUCAAGAACCACAGCCGGACCCACACGGACCCCAAGCGCUACAGCUGCAACAUCUGUGGCAAGGCUUUCAGAACCGCUGCCCGGCUUCAGGGCCAUGGACGGGUCCACGCACCCCAGGAGGGACCAUUCACCUGUUCUCAUUGUCCUCGCCGUUUCCGCCACCGAAUCAGCUUUCUGCGACACCAGCAGCAGCACCAGGAAGAGUGGCCAGUGUCUAGCUCAGGAGCCUCAGUGGCACCAGCAGCAAGCAGAGAGGACUCCUCUACAGCCUCGCUUCCAAACCCCUCACCCCAGUGGCCUGCGGACCUCAGUCUCUCCCUCUGAACGUCAGGUCUCCAAAGAACAGUUCACUGAAGUAUGGGGUGCAGGCAGGGAGAGGCUUGCUCUCCACAUUUUGCUCAGGAGUUGCUUGGGCAUCCCCAUCUCCUCUUCCCACGAAGAGGACCCUAAUCUGGCUUUUUCCCCCGAGAAGGGCAUGAGGUAGUCUUCAUGUCUGUGCCCAUGAAGGAUGAAGGAUCUCCUUCCCAACCCUUUGUCACCAUGUUUUUCCAGGGCCAGACUCUGCCAAAAUGCAGAGAUAGCCAGAUUCUCACCCAGGGAGAGGCAGAUCAGAGAGAACCACUGGUGUGAAAGCUGCCUGUGGCAGGGGAGCCUUUUACUAUAGUUUGUAACUUAUUUUCUAAAAUCUAUUUUGUAACAAUUUAAGUUUUAAAAAAGGAAAAUUGCUCCCCAAACCCCCCCACCCUCAAGGGGGAAAAAAAAACAAAUUUUUUUUCACAACA